AUGGAACAACUAGCGUAUGCCCCUGCCACUUCUCGGUCGGUUUCUGAGAGUCUGAUUCGCAGAGCGAAACAAUCUCUAGACCACGAAAUUCCCCUCUACACUUCAAACAAACAAAGAGACCACUAUGAGUCGAUUGCUGAAUUGUAUUCCAUCAUCGUCGCUAUCAACGUGUUGGAGAAGUCCUUCAUUAAAGACAGAUUCCACGCUAACGAAGACUACUACACAAGCACAACAAUGCGAUUGAUCAAUCAAUACAACCUGAUCUUGAAAGACGACGAAGUCAAGGAAGAGUUUGAUGAUCUUGAAAAAUUCGUCUCGCGAUACCAAUUAGACUGCCCCUUGGCCGUCAAACGUAUACAAAUUGGCUUACCAGCUACCGCCACGCAAACCCACGCUUCAUCUUCCACAGUCAACCUUCCGGCAUCGGCUAAUAAUAACGACGCUUCCCAAAAAGGAAAAGCCAUUGCUGAGGCAACAGGAUCAUUCAUCACACUCAUGGACGCAAUAAAACUAAAUUACAAUACAAAAGAACAGCUACAUCCCCUUUUGACGGACAUAAUCACGAGCACAAACAAAGUAUUUGGUGAUUACGACGGUCGUUCGAAUUUGGUUCAGUGGUUAAUCAAGCUGAACAACCUAAAGCUGAACGAGUUUUUGGACGACGAAGAGUUGAAGGAGUUCUUGUGGGAUAUCGACCUUGCCUAUAAAGGAUUCUUCAGUUUACUGGGCAUUCUCAGCUCUUUGUCUGCAGUUAAUGCUCUCAUCCCGAUCGAGGUCGUUGGUAAUCGGUUCAUCAAGCCCGCAGUUGAUGCCAGCGAUCCUGGUGAAGUUUUCUUUGUUACUGGUGUUGAUUACCAACCAGGUGGAUCAUCUGAUUAUCAAGAUUCCAACCCCACCGAUGUUCUUUCCGAUAUCGAAGCUUGUUAUAGAGAUGCCUACGUCUUACAAAGUCUGGGUUCCGAGGUCAACGUGAUUAGAGUUUACACAUUGAAUCCAGAUCUGAACCACGACGAGUGCAUGUCUGUCCUUAACGCUGCUGGUAUUUACGUGAUUAUUGAUGUCAACUCUCCUCUUUCUGGGGAAUCUUUGGACAGAUACAAUCCAAGUAACUCAUACACUUACUCUUAUAUGGAGAGAGUUUUCAAAAUGAUCGAUGCUUUCAAGAACUACCCAAAUCUGCUUGGAUUUUUCAGCGGUAACGAAGUUAUCAAUGACUCUAAAUCAGCUGGUGUGGAUCCAAAAUAUUUGCGGGCAGUCCAAAGAGAUAUGAAACGUUAUAUCGAGAAUAACUCCAACAGAACAAUACCUGUUGGAUACUCGGCUGCUGAUGUCUUGGAUGAUGGAUUAAGAGAUGUCACUUUGGAAUACCUGAUCUGCUCUAUCGACGGCGAAAAGGACGAUUAUUCCAAGUCUGAUUUCUUUGGAAUUAACUCUUACGAGUGGUGUUCCGGUGUCUCUGACUGGUCCUCGUCUGGAUACGGUUCGUUGAACAAGACGAUUUCUAACUCCACUGUUCCUGUGUUCUUUUCUGAAUAUGGAUGUAUCGCUAAGACCCCAAGAACUUUCACUGAAGUGAGUGAAGGUGUCUAUGGCGGAUUGGUUAAUACUUUGAGCGGUGGACUGAUCUACGAAUACUCUGUCGAGGCAAACAACUACGGAAUUGUUGAAAUUGAUGAUGAUGGAUCUUUGACAUACAAGGAAGAUUUCGAUAAUCUUAAGAGUCAGUUUGCCAACUCCAGUAUUCCUGACAUUUCCUCGGACGACGUUUCCGAAGCUAAAAUUGUCACCUGUGACAAAGAAUACCUCGAGUCACUGUCAUCUGUUUUCGAUGUUGAUUUUGACCUUCCAGAUGCACCUGAUGGUGUCGAAGAUCUGAUUCUUUACGGAGUGAAUGGAUCAAACAUUGGUCAAAUUGUCGAUAUUGAUAUUAGAGCUUCCAACUACACUAUUCACGAUGCCGACGAUAACGAGGUUACCUCUGCUGUGAUCUCUGUUGCUUCAACAAAUACCAUCAAUGCUCAAACUGGUGUCAGCAGCUCUGGUUCGUCGAAGCAGACUUCUACCGUGGACUCGUCUUCGUCAUCUGCUACUUCUUCAGUUAGCCGUACAUCCUCAAGCUCUAAAGGUGACGCUAAUCAAAACUUGAAAUAUGCAGUCAUCCCUGUCCCAACCAUAGUUCAAAAAGAGAUCCUCCCGGUUGUUCCAUGGUGGGCUUUGGUGUCCUUUGGCUGUUAUGCCUUGGGGACAUUAGGUUGGGGUGUUUACACUUUCAAAGAUAAAAAAGACAAGUACACAGAGCUAUUGGGAGAAAUUAAAGAGGCUGAAUCAUAUCUGAGAAAGAAUGGCGUGGAUAUUGACUCAUAA